AUGCGCUGGUUCCGAGUGGACAACUUCUACGACUCGUGGCGGCCGCUGUACCGCGUCACGCGAUGUUUCGGGCUAACCUCGCUCACGUUCGACUUCCGCGAGCACACGGCCCGCCGCACCCUCACCGAUCAGAUGAUCCUUAUCGGGGGAGUGCUUCUGUUUUUGUUUGUGGUUUUUGGCUCGGUUGUGAACUUUCGAGCUAAGGUAACGGAGCUGUCCGAUUCGUACCUGUUGAGUAUUGGGCUGUUUGGAAUAAUUGGCGCACUGUCGGUCUCGCAACUGUUCGCUCUGCUUAUGAACUACUACAAUAUGGAGAGGAUCUUCAAGAUAGCGGCCAUCGUUGCGAGGGUCGAUCAGCAGAUUGGUACUCAUUUGAGCUAUAGGUGGAACUACCAGAAGGAACAUUUUUUUGGAGUGCUGUUCAUAGCGUGGGUUUACCUACAGUGGAUACUGUUCACCCCUCCUUCCUGUGGACCAUGUCGUCAUACCAAACCAACGCGAUCUUCAUCAUCAGCACGAUGUGCGAUAAUUUGGAGGCGCUUCGCCGUACUGAACCAGCAGAUCAGCCACCUGUACCAAGUUACGAUAGCCCCAGCACACCCAAAUACCAACCAAUCGCUCAAGCUGAUCAAGCGGAUCGCGAUCGUGCACGACCAGUUGGGUGAUGCCAUGCAGCUGUUCAAUGUCUGCUUCUCGACGGAAGCACUGCUAAAUCUAGCACCUGGAUUUGCGUUCAUCAUUUUCGCACUGUUUGGGCUGGUGCACUCUUACGCCGCAAGUGACGACGAGCACACGCACAGUUGGGCCGCGUCCAACGUGAUCUACGCUGGGAUGUACGUUGUGCAGCUGGUGCAACUGAUCGUGGUGGCGAGCCUGGUGAACUGCGAGUGCAAGCAUACAGCGAUCCUCGUUCAUAAGGUUGCCUGCUAUGGAAGACAUGAUUCGGUCACCCUCCGAGAGCUCCGCAUAGUGUCCCAACAGAUGUGGCACAAAGCACCUGUAAUCACCUGUGGACUGUUUUAUUUCGAUUGGGAGCUGAUGUAUACGAUGGCUGGGUCACUUGCCUCAUAUCUGCUCAUCUUGAUUCAGUUCGAUUUGGGCAACAUUGACUACGCUAAGCUAAAUGAUUAA